AUUUACAUUUUGAAACGUCUUAGAGCUAUUCAGAAAAACAUUAAAUACAUUUGUAAAAUAGCAUUACAUUGCAAAUGUUGUCGUCCGCAUUGUUUUGACGACUUCGAUAGUCGACUCACAAAACGACUACUUUUUACAUUUUAGCUUACUGCUGCUGUCGUCGUCAGUCUGCGACUGUGUCGCUUGGAUUCUAUUUAGAGAGGAAGGAAGUGUUCGCGAACGCUAGUUCGAUAACCAGAUACGAAGGAUGUCUGGAAGUUAUUACUUUGUCAUGGUUGGUCACCAUGACAAUCCAGUCUUUGAAAUGGAGUUUCUGCCAGCUGGGAAAUCGGAAUCUAAGGAUGACCACCGACACUUGAACCAGUUCAUCGCGCAUGCAGCUUUGGACUUGGUAGAUGAGAAUAUGUGGCUGUCCAACAAUAUGUACCUGAAAACUGUGGACAAAUUCAACGAGUGGUUUGUCUCCGCUUUUGUCACUGCUGGACAUAUGAGGUUUAUCAUGCUCCAUGAUGUGAGACAAGAGGAUGGAAUUAAAAACUUCUUUAAUGAUGUGUAUGAUUUAUAUAUAAAGUUUGCAAUGAACCCUUUUUAUGAAACAAAUGCCCCGAUCCGGUCCACCGCCUUCGACAGGAAAGUACAAUUUCUUGGCAAGAAACACCUCUUGAGCUGAUAUCCAUGAAGUGGCGAGCCCAGCAGAACUGAGAACCCAGAAGUGCACUCUUAUCCAUGAGCUUUUUCUUUUAAUUGAGUGAGCCCAACCACUUGAUUGACCGCAAGUUGUGCUAAUAAACCUUUGUGAAACGGCAUAGUUGGAGUUCUGAAAACUGAAUGAAAAACCUAACCGACCUUGGGUCUGAGAAAGGCGUAAUAUAAAAAUAAACAUAUUAAGGCAAAUAACAUUUUGAGGUUUGAGAGCAGAUUCCACACGUUGAUGCAGUGGGAUAUUCAGCAGAUUCUACUUGUUGACAUAGUGAGAUAUAUAUAUACAAUCAGGGACCAUUUUAUUAGGUAUUUAUAUUUGCCUUAUUCUUUGGAUUACUGGUCUUCUGCUGAUGUAGUCCAUCCGCUUUAAUAUUCAACGUGCUGUGCGUUUCGAGAUGCUCUUUUACAAACCAUUAUUUUAAUGUAUGGUUAUUUGAGUCACAUUUCUGUCUGUAUGAAUCAGUCUGGUCAUUCUCCACUGACCUCUCUCAAGCCAAUUUUCUUAUAUUUUUUGCAGUUUUAAAGGGUGGUGACAAAUAUUGAUUUAUUACUGUUUACUGUAAAAAAAAAUGCAUUUUUGAAGGCAUCUGCGCUUUAAGGAAUUGAAUGAAACAUUUUAAAUAUAAAAAGUACCAUUUUCCCGGUUUUCCAGUUUUCUUGGUUACACUGUCCUGAAGUUUAAUAAGAAAAUUGGCUGUUAGAUUGUUUCAAACAUAUUGGAGAACUUGCCACUGUUAAACAAUGUGCAUUUCAAUAAUUUCUACUCUUGCGAGAAACAAAAGUUCAAUGUAAGCGAUGCUGUGAUUAAAGCUGAAUAUGAGUUAGGGUGUUGAAACAUUUUAUCAAACAGGUCAGUUAAGGCUUUAUUACUUGUGAUUGCUGUUCUUGUUGCAGUUCUGAAGUCCAGCUGUGACCAGAGGUGUACCUGCAUGUACCUAAAAUACAUUUUAAAAAUAUUUGGGCACUUUCUUUAACAAUUCCUGUUGUAAAUUUGACCAUUUUGUCCUUCCUUUCCAUGUAUGUUGUUUAUAGUGUCUAUGAAAAGUCCAGACAAUGAAAACAGCUCAAAAUGUCCCUUGUUUGUGGUGCAUGUGCCACACCAAACCCAAUAAUCGUGCUAUAUGUCCUUGCUUCCUAAGAAAAGGGGAAAAUAUAAAUUAAAUAAAUAAAUUGGUUUGGAACUGAAUAAAGCUCAGUAAGAAUGAAUUCCAGUACCCAUUACACAUUUAGCUGUUUUUCUGUAGAAGCACAAACGCAUGUUCAUUCAUUGUGAGUAAACAUGAUUUCCCAUUUGUCCAAUGUUUUUUUAUUUAUUUAUUUUUAGGGCAUUAAUCCAAGUAGUCUUAGGUAUUUGGUUGACUUUUGUGCAGAAACACACUUCAUUAUAAAUCUGUUCCAAAGCAUUUGCGUUUAUUUCACUGUGAUUGUUGAAUAAACAUGAUUUCCCAUC